AUGGAGCUUUAUGCUAAAUUCAUGAAGGAGUUGUUGUCUAAGAAAAGAUUGUUGAAAAAAGAUCUGAUAGUGGUUAUGACCAAGGAGAGUAGUAAAAUCAUUCAAGGAGAUAUGCCAAAGAAACUAAAGGAUCUAGUGAGCUUCCAAAUUCCAUGCACCAUUGGAACCACCACUCUUGAGAAGGCAUUGUGUGAUCUAGGGACAAGCAUCAAUCUGAUGCCCUUGUCCAUGAUGAAGAAGUUACAAAUCAAAGAGAUGAAACCAACAAGAAUAGCUCUACAAAUGGAAGAUAGAUUAGUGAAGUUUGCACAUGGGGUGGUGGAAAACAUUUUAGUCAAGGUGGAAAAAUUCUUUCUACCAGUAGAUUUUGUAAUCCUUGAUAUCGAGGAAGUUGAAGAUGCCUCCAUCAUCUUUGGGAGACCAUUCCUAGCUAUUAGAAGAGCUCUCAUAGAUGUAGAAAAGGGAGAGCUCACAUUGAGGGUACAUAAAAAACACAUGGUCUUCAAUGUUUUCAAAGACAUACUUCAUCCAAGUGAAGGAAAGAGCUGCAUGAAGAUUAACCUCAUUAAUCCAGCACCACAAGACGAAAAAGCUACCACCCACUCUUUGGAAGUUUCAUGUCUAUGCUUGGAAGCAAAGGAAGAUUUAGCAAUGGGACGAUUAGUGGAAGACACCAUAAUAAAAGACAGACAUAACACCAACAAGAAUGAAGAUGAAAGGGGUAGAGCACCAGUCAAACUAAAGAUGGAAUUUUCUCCUCCAAUUCCCAAGCCCAUAUCUUUGGGAACCAACAAAGCUCCCCCUGUGAUUAAGCAUGCCUCAUUGAGAAAGGAUGAAGGGAUUCAUAUGAAAAAGAUCAAAAGGUAG